AUGGGCCCCUUUGGUCAAUAUAUUGCUCUCCCCAUUGUACUUUUCGUCUCAGGCACAUGGGCUAAGUUAUGCCGGUCCUACACGAUCCCUAUUACCAUAACAUCAGCCAAUUUAGUCUAUGGACUACCUCCUCUCCAAGACAAUUUUGACGUUGCCCGGCUAGUCGACACAAUCACAAGCAGGACUCCUCCCACUACUCCCCCUUUUUCCGGCUCUACCAAUGUCACAGCAAACUACACUAUAGCUGCUACGUUUUGCUCGCCUGGUCGUGGUGAAGUUGAUCCACAUAAAAGCACAGUCAUAAUCGCUACCCACGGCCUCAACUUUGACGGCUCAUACUGGGACCCAAAGCUUGGCACAUCAUACAGCUUCGUGGACUGGGCCAUAAGCCAAGGCUACUCUGUUUUUUAUUAUGACCGUCUCGGUGUUGGGGAUUCUACUCGAGUUUCUGGCUAUGUCGCCCAGCUCUCGAACCAGGUUGCUGUCCUUGCGGAGCUGACGAGGCUUGUGAAGUCUGGCCAGUACACCGGCAAGUAUUCACAAACCAAGGUCGUAUACAUGGGACAUAGCUUCGGAAGUGCUAUUUCAUAUACCGCUUUGGCCAAUGAUGUUUCUCUCGCCGACGCCAUCGUGCUCACUGGGUUCAGCUUAAACACCACAUAUGCCAACCCCUUAGGAUUUCUUCAAGCUUCCCAGCCCCGAAUCGCCGCCUCUCAGCACCCUGCAAAGUGGCAGCAACUAGACACAGGUUAUCUUGUCCCAGCAGACCUUUAUUCUAAUGUCAACACGUUCUUUAAUGGCAAUUACGAUAAGUCUGUUGCCGAGUACGCAGAGGCGCAUAAACAGCCUUUUGCUCUGUCUGAACUCCUCACUAUCACAUCAAUCCCUAGCUUGCGAUUUCCUUCCAUAGGACCAGCAAUGAUAAUCUCUGGGAAACUUGAUUUCAUUUACUGCACAUCCAAUUGCGAUGAUGUCCUCAAGACCCCCGGCGCUGAGGUAUUUGCUUACGCCAAGGCAUUUAAAGCCGUCAGCUAUCCUGAUGCUGGCCACGGUCUCAACCUCCAUGCCAAUGCAAACGGUGUCUUUCAGCAGAUAACGGACUUCCUCUCGGAGCAGGGACUGUAG